AUGAAGACAGCUUUUUCUGUAUUUCUAAUCGUUGCUUCGAUUUCAGCAACUUUUGGCGAAUUAAAUAAUGUUGAAAAGCAAAUCUGUGAACCAAAGAGCACCUUCAAAAACUACUGCAACGUAUGCUUGUGCUCUGACGACGGCCUAACCGCUGAGUGCAGUAAGGGACUCUGCUAUCCUCCUGAAAAAUGGAAUCCUGACGGAACUCUUGCACCGGUAGAUGAUACAGAGGAGUUCAAAAAAUUGAUAGCUCCAGGACAAAUUUGUAUACCAAGGACUAGGUUCAAUAUGUUUUGCAAUUACUGCGCUUGCAAUUUCUUCGGGACCGAUUACGUCUGUACAAGAGCCCUUUGUCCAGAAGGUAUGUAUACCAUGAACGGCACACUUUUGGUUGAUAUUGCCUAG